CAAGAUUAGAGGUUUGUUACACUAUUAUAGCCACUCUAUUUUCUGAUGGUGAAAUACUAUACAACAUGAUUUGUAUGUCUGCUAAGCUGGCUGCACUGCUGCCAAGGGAUGUCUGUAAAUUUAUUUACAGAGGAUGGAAAAGAUAAACUUUCUGGUUCACACUGUCCUGCAACUAUUAAACUAAUCUGCAAUGCUGUGGAUGUUCACUUUCUCCGGUGGACAUACAAUAACCCUAUCUACAUAACUAGUUUUCAAACCGACAAUGAAAAAAAUGUUGACUUGAUAAUGACUGAUCAUACUGCAUUUCCAUUUGUCCAGCUAACACAGUUCAAUGUGUACCAAAACCAGGAGAAUCAGCAACGGAUUAAUGCUUCAGCUAUUCUGAAUACUAAUCUCUCAGAGCUGUACAAGCAAAACAUUGAAAUUAUUUCUUGUGGUGGUUCUGUUAGUGUGAUUAAGACAAUCUCAGUGAAUAUCAGCAUCUUGCAGCCAUCUUUUCAUUCUGUUAGUCCCAACAUUUAUACGAGUGUGCUUGUACGGUAAGAGUCUGGACUUCUGUCGAGUAUAGAUGUGUCAUGGAGGAAAUUUCAAGUAAGUAUAGGCAAUAAGUUAGUUGAAUCAUUACACGCAUGGCGCGGCUUGCAUGUAGCAACCAGAGUGUCCUGAAUAUGAAAAUUCACAUGAGUACCUGAUUAAUGUCACUGGAUGUGGGUGGACGUGGAUCAACCACAGAACUUGUCAAGAUACUACUUGCUCGUCAGUUUUCAACAGUUGUACAGAGAACGUGAGAGACAUUAGGUUACAAGCCAAGAUCGCUGACAUUGAGAGUGAGCAAGUAGUCUACCCUACGUCUGUAGAUUACAAUAAUCAUUACUUCUGACCUAUUGUUACCCAGUCGUCAGGGAGCCAAAUUCAUGUUCAGUGUUUACCCAUUCAAGGAGAUGUUAGUGAGCAUCGAAUGUGUACCAUUCUAUACACUACAGAUCUGGAUUAUGGAAAUCUAUCAAAUCCUAUCACAACUCUAGUUGGCACAGCACCUGUCUCACUUUCACUUACUACUCCUGGUACUGUGUACUACUUUGAGUUCUCUGUGUUGAUGAAUGAUACCUUGUUGAUUGUGGAAAGAAUGGAGUACAUGAUUACAGGAUCGGGAGAGUUUUUCCAGCUGGGUGUAAAAGAGGGUGCUAACCUUACUAUUGUAUCAUCAUUCUUAGGAUGCUUUAUUGUGCACAUUACAAUGAUACUGUACCUGUUAAUAGCUCGGAAUGCUAACGGUGUUCAUACAAUAUCCCGAUUGAAUGUGUUCAUCAUUACUAACAAACGCAUUCAAAUCUCGAUAACACUGAUCCUCUUCAUGCUGUUUAUUGGAUGUAGCACUCUGUUGACAGCCUUUGCCAUUAUUUCAAACGAUGUGUGUUUCACAAACCAACAAGUUCCCAACAGUUUGCUUGAUGCAAUGUUAGUAAUUUCAUGUGUUGGGAUAGGAAUCCUUCUCCUCUAUUGGGUCUUCAUAACAUAUAAAGUAUAUAAACAGCGCACUAAAGGAACUAAAAACAAGCUUGAAAACGAAUCUCAUUGUGACUAUGCUCUUAGCAUGAACAUUAAUUCAAAAACAGUUCAAUAUAACGCUCAAGAGUCAUCUGAGAAGCCACCUGAUUCUCAAAAAUGCCAGUAUUUGGAAGAUAUGCAUCCUGAUGUCGUUGAGAAAAUGGUUCCAAUGCAGAAGAAGCCUUCGAAUGGCAGCCAGCUAAUGACGACACCUAGUAGGAAAUGUCCACCCUCUACACUUCCCAAACAAAGAAAGUCAGGUCAGCAUUCCAACACUGUUUUGUACGAUGAGGUUGGUUUAGCGAAAAUCAAAGGCAAUGUCUCGGAUAUGAAAGAAGUUGAGUUGAAAGCUAACGAGUCUUACGGGCACACAGUCAAAAGGUUUUCAACUGCCAAGAGCAACGUGGCUGCUUGUCCACUAUGUUUGUCUCCAGGCAGCAAAAUCCAGCAAGAUUUGUCAUUAAAUCAUCAGUACAGCGAUCUCAAAGUGACACCAAAGAACGAGCAUCCUAAGCAAAGUACUAUUGAGCAAGAGCAGAUAGAGUUGAAGUCUAAUCAGUCAUAUGGUCAGCUAACAAGUGCUGUUGGUCAGAUAGGGGGAUGUGAACCACUGCACGAGUACGACAUAUAUAUGUGGACCCCUAGUAACUCACAAGACAAUUCCCUAAAGAAUGUCCAUGUAGCAAACUGUAACAUUUGA